UAAAAAAAAAGCGCAGUAUGAUUUGCGUAUGAUUUGCAUGGCUCCUCUAUUUGCUAGUCAGCCACGACUCGAAAAAAUAUGCAAAGAUUGGAAGAACGAGUUUCUUCCUUCAAGCUUUACAAGAUAUACAUUUAUGAUUAAUGCAAAAGAUUCAGUUAAUGACUUACAUGAAAAAGCAAAUAAUCUAGAGUACCUAAUUAAACUCGGUGGAAUUAAAUUAACUUAUCUGAAUGUAAUGCAAUAUCCUACUUCUCAAAUAAUGCCAAUAAUCAAUGCUAAUUGUCCGAAUCUUGAGACCCUUUAUUUAGGAUUCAAGGAAAUAAUGAGUCAAGAUUUUGAAAAUGUUUUUUCUAACAUGUCUCACCUUACAACACUGUUUAUUGAAUGGCAGUGUAAAAAUUCAACUCUACCAAUGACUUUAGCCAAGUCAUUAGAAAAAAUUAGUGGGACCUUGAAAAUUUUAGUACUUUCAUGUACCUUACAAGGAAAUGAUGUUUUCUCACCAGAUUCAUUGGCUUCAGUAUUUCCUCGACUGAUUGCUUUGGAUAUUUUAGAAAUAAGUAAUUUUGGACUAAGUCAACUAUUACUCCAGUCGAUAGGUGAAAUAAAAAAUUUAACUUAUCUAAGAUUAGUGUCUUUUUGGCCGAAAAAUCAUCCAAUGUUUGAUACAAGAAUCACUAUGUAUCCAAUUGGGAAUUUGAAAAAUCUCGAGAAGUUAUUUAUUUUUUUUGAUUAUGGUGUUACAGAUGAAUUUUUGAUUAAUCUUUGUAAUAAUGCUAAAAAAUUAAAAGAAGUACGUAUAGUUGGCACACAUAUUACGGAUAUUGGUAUGAGUGCAAUUAAUAAUUUACCAGAAUUAAAAGAUUUCAAUCUUGGUUUAGACGGUCGUUGUUCGCAAUCAGAAGCAAAUGAAUUUAUCACUGAUGAAUCAAUUCAAUGUUUAUUCAAUAAAGAAUUGUGCUUCUUGAAUAUAUCAAAUUGCAUUAAAAUCACUGAUAAAGCGAUAUUUAAACUUGUUCACAAUUUACCAAAUUUAUUACAAUUAUAUAUUACAAAAAAUGCCAAUGUAACUAAUGAAGCAGUCAGUGACAUAUAUAAAUUCAUAAAAUAUCGUAGAAUAGUACCAGUUAUUGUAUAUGAUGGUUUAGAAAAUGUUGAUUGA